AUGGGUGCACGUUCUCCUACCAGCAUCCACCGGACUUACCCGCAUCUCGUGGUUGAACAUUCAUCUCAGGACACCGACCAAAUCGAUCAUUACCUACCUACCACUUUCGAGCACUGGAUGGGGACCAUGGCCGGCGUCAUCUCCAUUCUGAUGCUGAUCUGUGUGGUCUUCCCAUGGUUCCUAAUCGCCUUCUUUCCCAUUAUUAUUCUGUAUAUGGUACUGCAGCAGUUCUAUCGCAGAUCCAGUCGAGAAAUCCAACGGCUGGAGUCGACAUCGCGCAGCCCCAUCUAUCAGCACUUCAACGAGACACUGAGUGGUGUGGCCACUAUUCGCAGCUACAAACAACAGGACCGGUUCAUCGCAUUUAACAGGAGAAUGGUAAACAUCAACAACAGAAGUUACAACAUCCUUCAGAUUGGCAAUCGCUGGCUGCAGCUGCGCCUGGAAUUGUUAGGGCUGGUGGUCAUGCUCUGUGCGUCCUUCUUCUCUGUAACUGGCCGAGCGAAUGAUCUGAAUCCGUCGUUGUCUGCGCUGGUGCUGACGUAUGCACUGAGUGUUGUCUCUGUCAUGAAUUGGGCCGUGCGGAUGGCCACGGAAACGGAAACCAAAAUGACUUCAGUAGAAAGAGUGAUGGAGUACUCCACCCUGGACGAUGCAGAGGCGAGCGACCAAUCAGAUGAUGCCGCGAAACCACCCGCGGAUUGGCCCUCCAGCGGCAGCUUCACAAUGAACAACCUGUGCAUGCGAUACGCCGACGACCUGCCGUUGGCUCUGGACGAUGUGACCAUCAACGUACCUGCGGGCAGCAAGGUGGGUGUGGUGGGUCGAACGGGCAGCGGCAAGUCCUCCAUGGUAGUCAGCCUGUUCCGUAUGGUGGAGGCUGCGAGCGGUUCAAUCUGUGUCGACGGAGUUGAUAUCAGCUCCUUGGGUCUCAAAGAUUUAAGGGCCCGCAUUGGAAUCAUACCACAGGUACUCAGCACUCUACUCGUCACCGGUACUACGCGUGAACAUGUCAUAUCGCCAACCUUAUCCGAGUCGCAUCUACUAUUCAAGCAUCACAGUGUGAAUAGUAUAUUCAAGCAUCACAGUGUGAAUAGUAUAUCCAAGCAUCACAGUGUGAAUAGUAUAUCCAAGCAUCACAGUGUGAAUAGUACAAUUCAGCCCUGCCCUGCGGUCCUCAAAAUGAGUUCAAGUCAGGGCUUCGGGCUGGAUCCGGUCCUGUUCUCACAACAACUCGGUGGUGGCAAACAAUCAGUCUUCGGUUCAGUGGGUGGCAUCCGAUUCAAUUUAGAUCCGGAAGGUAAGUUCACCGAAGAGGAGCUGUGGGAAGCUCUGGAGCACGCGCAAAUGGCCGGCUUUGUGAGGUCAUUACCUAAUGGCUUAGACGCCCAGGUUUCUGAGAAUGGUGAGAACUUCAGUGUGGGUCAGAGGCAACUGAUUUGUCUGGCACGUGCACUGCUGAAGAAGCCAAAGCUGUUGGUGUUGGAUGAAGCGACGGCUAAUGUGGAUGUUGACACGGACAUGUUAAUACAACGGACUAUCCGCACGUAUCUGAGCGAUGUCACCUGCCUGACCAUCGCACACCGCUUGCAUACAAUCAUGGACGCAGACAUGGUAAUUGUUAUGGACGCAGGCCGAAUAGUAGAAAAUGGCAAACCAUGCGAUCUGGUAGAUCUGCCAGGUGGUCACCUUGCGAGCCUCAUCGCAGAGACGGGUCCUAAAUCGGAGGAGAAAUUAAAACGGAUCGCUCGCGGAGAAGAGUCUGUGAUUCCCGAUGCAUCCGAAAUCGAAUCGGCAACGAACCGAAUGGCUCUGUUGGCCCCUGUGCUUCAUGAUACGACAGGCACAACUACCAAAUCACCCACUACAUCACGUACUCGCUCACGGGCGCCAUCGCACUCGAGCACACACUCGCAGAGAGAGCACGUUGUAAUAGUUAAUAUAGCUGACACGGAGUUAGACCACGAUAGUCCUGAGGAUCAACACUCAGAUAGCUCGUAUGGAGAGGGGGAUGCUUUGACCACGGGUACGCAAAUCGGCGCAAGCCUCGGGUUCACUGCGAAUAAUGAUGAUGUGCUAUCUGUGGCCAGUCUUGCUGUCUAUUAAUAUGAAACAAAAUUUAUAGCCCAU